CGGUGUGUCGCGUCGCGUGUGCUGCAGUGCCGCGAACAUUGCUGACCACGAGCGAAUCAUGGUGUCUGUGGGCGCGUGGAGGCGCCGCGCGCCCGACGAUUGCGAGGAGCGCUCCGAGCCCGGGGCCUCCAGCUCGGGCGUGCCUCGCGCCCCUCCCAACUGUGCGCGCUGCAGGAACCACCGCCUGAAGAUAGAACUCAAAGGCCACAAGAGAUAUUGCAAGUACCGGAACUGCAUGUGCGAGAAGUGCCGCUUAACAGCUGACAGACAGAGAGUGAUGGCGUUGCAGACGGCCUUGAGGCGUGCGCAGGCGCAGGAUGAGGCGCGAGCGCGGGCCGGGGUGCAGGCCAACGGGGUGGAGCUGGACAGGCCGGACCCGCCAGCGGUGAAGGCGCAGCGCAGCCCGGUGCCGCCAGCUCCGAGGUCGCUGGGCUCCGCGAGCUGCGACUCCGUGCCGGGAUCGCCAGGAGUGUCGCCGUACGCGCCGCAGCCGCCGCUGUCGGCCCCACCUCCGCCCAUGCAACCGCUGCUGCCGUCGCCUCAACCAGCGGUCUCCCUUGAAAACCUGGUGGAAAACUGUCACAAACUCCUGGAAAAGUUCCACUACUCCUGGGAGAUGAUGCCUCUAGUUCUGGUCAUUCUGAACUAUGCCGGGAGCGACCUGGACGAAGCGUCGCGGAAGAUAGACGAAGCCCACUGGGUGGUCUACCAAUGGCGGCUGUACGAGCGGUCGCUGUGUUCUCUACUUCAAGCGCGGAAGGACUACAGCAUGAGUUGUUGCUCCCCGCAGUUCGUCAUCGCGCCGGAGUACGCACCGCUCCAACCUCUACCACUCACGAUGCAGCGGCCGUCGCCGCCGCCCGCGCACUUGUAGCGGUGCGCGUCCGCGUCGCGACAGACGGCGCCGGAGUCCACGGAGCCUCCUUCCACCUCGACCUCAACCUCCAGGGAGAGUACCGGCGAGUCCUAAGUGGACUGUGGACCCGGUCACGCGGCGCGGCGUGGCGACAGACCGACAGACAAUCCCAUAGUGAUCACGAUAUGAGUGACGUUUGUUAUUUGUUAGUUUUACUGACUCACAGAACCCGAGUGAAUGCUGUGGUGUGAUUUGAUUUUUCUCUGCUUCGAAGGUGCGCGUCAUGACGGAGAACUGGCAACUAAGCGAAUUCUUAUUUUAAAAUUCUGAAAAAGAAAAAGAUUUAUAUCAUCAUUCAUUUGUUUUGUUUGUUUACUUUUUAAUUCAAUAAAAUAAAAAUUUUAUCAUGUCUGUUAUGUCAAUACAAAUUUACACAUAGUGAGGCUGUACUAUGAAGUUGUCGAUAUGCAGUUUAUGAUUUAAGCGGUCAAUGCCUCUUAGAACUAAAAAAAAUGAACAAUAUGAAGAGAUAGCACUUCUGUAUUCAAAUAAUCGGAAAAAACCUUUAACAAAAUGCUAAUACUGUAAUAACUGUUUUCACGUGUCAUCUUUUUUAAAAUAUAUUAUUUCAUGUCGGAUAUGCAAUGCAGACGAAAAUUUCAAAAUAGAUUUUUGAAUUCUUUGUAACGUAAAAACAAUAAGUGACAUAAAAUAUUUCGUUCAAAUAUUAAAAUAUUCUUGUAAAUAAAAAGAAGCACGUUUCGCCACAUCCCGGCGCAAUGUGCUCAGAAUAAAUUGAUACAAGUUCAAAUUAUAUUACAGGUCCUUAUUUUAAAGUAACGUCCACAAAAAAAAGUAUUUUUUGCGAAUUUGCGAAUUUGAUAUAUCUACGUUUACGUAACUGUGAUAUUUUUUCCUUGGCACGGUUAGUUUUAAAUACAAGUAGUUGCAAUCUAUUUGUAGAUGCAUAAACUUCAACAAAAAUUCAUGUAAUCAGAUCAGAAAAAGCUAUACAAGUGUCUAUAAUCAUUUUCCAUCCGCAUUCCAUAUCUGAUCAGAUAAUAUUAAAACAAAAAUAAGUGUUUUGUAUUUUCACUAUUACUUCGUAAUUUUGUAUUUAAUUUCACCAAAGACAUCGAGCGAAUAUUUCCAUACAAUUUCCGGCCUUUCUCAUACAAAACGGCAAGAUAGGGCUUUGCAAAACCGGACACACCAUGAGGCAAAACCGGACACACCAUGAGAAAUAAAACAUACAACACGUGUUUCUUCUAUAUUUCUAACACCUACGCGUUUCUAUUUCUUGUACGAGUGAAACGUAAAUAUGUCUAUAAUUUUCUCUAUCUAUGAAUACACCUUAUGUGGUUUACAGUGUAAAGUUUACACUAGGUCUUAGUACCUUGACAUUUAAGUAUUUUUUGACGCGCGUCACGAAUUUAUCCGUCUCAUAGAUCCAUCCAAUGAUACAUAACGCAUAAAUAUGUUGACAUAGAUUCAGAUAAAAACAAAUAAAAAUAAUGAUAUGACUUAUGAUAAUGGAGGAGUUCCACCAUGCCGUUGAAGUUGUAUAAACAUUUAAAAAAAUGUUGGUACACAUAGAACUGUGAGAGUCCAGAUCUUAUUUUUUUUUAUUAAUUAAAAUCAUUACUAUUCAGAAUAAUACCGCGCAAAUUAAUUGAAACGAGUCCUUUAACUUCGCCGCCGCUGUUUACUCUAAACGUCAGGUUACAGUUUUUCACACCCAUAACGAGCCGAAUGCCAAGAAAAUGAGUUACUCUAUAUACUUUUAUGUGCUGUACAUACUAAUAUAUACAGGUGAUUACGCAGCCGUUUGCGCCGGGCGUGGCGCGAGGCACCGCCCUCGGAUAACCGUUAACACCCACUAGACAUACACACAGACUAGACAACGUGUCCCACUUAAUUGCCAUUCGCGGUCACGAUUAUGAACGUGACUGUACUGUUCCAUCCAAAUGUCCACUUAAAGGGUUCAACGUUUGUGUACGCGAAUGUACUAUAAUAUAUUGAAUUUCGAAUUUCAAAGUUAAUUUCUUACGGCGGCUUUUCUUAGUUUGUUCGUUUUGAAUGUGGAAUACGAAAAUGAUUUGGAAGUCUCUGAAGACAGCACUGGCUGAAAGUUAUUAUUAUUUGGCAGUUUUACUUGUAUGUUCUUUUGCAGUGUGGUCAUUUCUAGAUUCGAAAUUCGUUCUAUUUCCAAACUCAUAUUUUUAAAUAUUAUUACACAAUAAAUUUUCGUGCUUUUGGUGGAACUCCAAGAAGGAAAUAAUAAUGCCGAUUGAUAUUUUGAUAGAAAUCUUCUUUUUUUCUUUUUAGUCCACAUUAUAUUUAAAACACAAUUUAUAACUUGUUUUGAUAUUACUUUUACAAUGUUUUAGGAAAUGAAAUAGACAUCUACUUAAAUUCUAUAGGGUUGAUUGCAUGGAAUCAAAUAUGGUUUAUUACAUUUGCGAUGUAUAAAAUACAUUACAAAUUUUCUAGUGUAAGUGAGAAUAACGCACCAUCCCAAAUAUUUCAUCCAUUUUGUCUACUAAAUUGUAUGCUGAAAUCACUUGUUAAAUCAUCACAAUGUAUUUAAUUUUUUAUUUAUCUGUCUGUUGUUAAAACGGCAUAAGUAUACAAGGUUAAAUGUAAUUAAUCAUUUUUUACGAAUAAAUAUUUACAGUAUGAGAUGACGUUGAUUGGAUCUCAUUUUCGUGUAUUCUGUAUUAAUUAAAAAUAUAUUUUUUGUUAAGAUUGUCAUGUUAUAAUCGUAAAUUACCUUUUAGGGGUAUUUUAAUUAGACUUGUAGAGAAAUCAAAAAGUAUUUGCUAGUCAAGCAAAAAGAAAAAUCGAAUAUAAGUUUAUAUUGUCCAAGUGGCCAGUGAUAUUAUUUAGGAUCUUUAAAUUUCGAACGUCCAAUUGAAAUCCAUUCGCCUACUUAAUGGCGUCAUCUUGGAAUGUAAUUUAAAAUACAUUUCAUAACAUUUUACACGUACGUAGUACAUACAAUAGUUUCGUAUUCCUUUAAGUAUCAGUUUUGAUAUUGUUAAUAUUUCACCAUUACCACAAUAUUAUGUUUAAAAUAUAGGUAAAACUACGUCAUUAUCAUAGAUUGUGUAAAUAUUUUGUAUAUAUAAUAAUAGGAUUUUACUACUGUAAUAUGGUGAAGUUUUGUUCCUAGAAAGGUGGUGGAUGCAUGCUAGAAAUUUGUUGAUUGUAAUUCUUAAAAAUAAGUGGUUAUGUAGUGUGUUUUGGGUUAGUUUUGCCGAAAAUCAUAAAGUAAUAUUUGACCAAAAUGUUUAAGUUCUCUUUGGUCGACUUCUGAUUCGAAAAAAGAAAUGUGCAAUAUCCUCUGUUGAAACCUUAUAGUUUCUCUAUUUUCUCAAUCGAGUACCCACUAUCUUCCAAAAUACAUAACAUAAUGGACUUAAUAGAGAAUCACCUCAACAAAUUUUGCAUGUAUUUUUCUAAGGACAAACAAACAGCUUCUAUUUCCUUGAAUUAAUGUAAAGAAAACACUUUUUGUUGAUAGUGAUGUAAGAAAAGUUUUUAUUAUUAAUUAUUAUUAGAUUAGUUCGUAGUUAUACAUUGUGAAUGGAUCCUAAUAGUUAUAAGAUUUUGUAAUUUCUCUUUAAGCUAGAUUUGUCAUUACUUAUUUAUGGUCGUUGUAACAAUAAAUAUGUAGAAAUUUAAUGUUCCGCCCAUCGAUUAGAGGCAUCACAUUUUUGAUGUAGAAAUAUUUUCAUUCUUGUCCAGUUCAUCAGUCCAUUAUACUAAGCAUGCUUCUUUUAUUAUAGCAACAGCAUUGGCAAAAAUCUCAAGUAAUUUUUAAAUGUGACGUUCUUAUUUUUCUAAACAGCCAGCACGGGGCGAAUUCUUACGUAGUUUUUUUAAAUAUUGUUCUUUUUUUAAUUGAUUAACUUCCAGAGGCGAAGAUAAAAAAAUAAACUAAAGAACUGGCAUUAAGUUUUUUUUUUAAAUUAUUUUUGUGGUUAUUUGAAUUACUAAGUAUAUGAAAUGUAACCAAUUAAUGUAAAUGUGAAGUUUGAAAUUAGUAUAAUGUUGUUGCUAUAAUAAAACAAUGUUAACUAUUUUACCUAGUUAGUCCUAUCUCGAGAUGUAAAAGGCCAAAGUUAGCUGCUUUCGUUAAAGUAGUCUAAAUUAAAAAUAUAUUUCGUCCGACUUUUCUGGUGCUUAUUAAGUACGUCACAAUCUUCCUAACUUAAGAAAUGUACAUUUUGAUAUUAACUCCGCGGCAGAUGAGAUGGUCAAUCAAAACUCCUAGUGGUCUUACUGCGCUUAAUAAUAGUCUAUCGGAAAGAUAAUUAUCUACAGUUCUACUAAUAAGACUACUCGGUAGGACUAUUAGGACAACGGCGGGAAAUUGUGAAUAUUCUUCGCACGACUGCUUUUUUUUCAGUCACAGAUUAUCAAUUGCAUAUUGAUAUUGACUGUAUUUUAACUGUAAUAGGGUAGUUGCCUGGGUAAAAAAAACAAACGUCAUAAAAUACAAGAUUUAAAUUUAACUUUAAUUAACCGAUAUAAUUUAUUGUAGUAUCAAUUUAUAUGUUCUCAUUAAGUAUCAAUUCGCGCGCGGCCCGAUUGCCUAUCGAUCGAUCGAUCCUAUUGUUGUUCAAUUUGUCUUUAUUAUCUCCUGGGUCAAAGGGUGUACCUAUAGUUGGAACGCUUUUUGACUCCGAUAAAUGUGACGUCACUUGUUCUCACUACAAUGGUAAUGACCAUACAAACCCCAUAUAUUACUAUUUUUUCUUACAUACUUUAAAAUGAUACAUAUUGUGUACCGUUGUAUUUAGCUAAAUAAAUAAAUAUUAAUUCUUGUUGUUGACAUAAAAAGAUGUGUCUUAUUUGAAUUGAUGGCAACUACCAAAUUCAAACUGGUUAUCGGGCAGUUCAAAUACAGUCCUUAUGUGUGUUUCAUUAGAUCUGAAAAUGUAUUAACAAUUCCUUGUAAUUUAAUGAACAAAAUAAAAAAUAAAAUAAUUUCUCGAUUAUAAAUUGAUUGGAAAACAAUAAUUGAGUAUUCGAUCAUCAACUAUCGCGGAGUGUCGUACGUUUAGACUAAGAGCUAAAACACCCUUAUUUUUCCAUCAACCAAAGAUCUACAUCAGCCUUUUCACAUUAUGUUCAGUACUUGGCAUAAAAUAACAUAAAAUGUUUAUACAUAGGUAGUUACAUUACCUAUAAACUACCUUCUAAUAGGUAGGUAUGGCAAGUCGAAGUAUAUAAUAUAUCAAUUAGACGCAGCUGACCUAGGACCUAGCAAUUGUUGGUUAAAUUCGAGAAAAAUAUUUUCCGCAUUCACUCCACAUUUGACCACACCGUUAUUUUAAGUACAGUCGCCGACAAAAAGCAACUCAUUUUUUUUACAUAAAUACGGAGUUCUUCAAAAAGGGCCUGAAAAGUUUCAUUCAGCUGGAAUUUUAGGUGUAUAAGAAUGCGUGCGGUGGACUUACCAUCCAUACCAGUUGGGCCGCAUAGUACCUAUCUGUUUAACCUAUUUGUUUGUAGUAUAAAAAUAAAUAAGUGUAACAUUUUUUUUACAUAAAAAUCAUAGAAUUUGUCAUAAAAUCAAUGGAUAUUAAUUGUCAUUAUAAUUACUUUUACAAAGUUACUUAAGGUCCCAUAGUGAAAACCCCUAUUUUUUAAUCUGUUAAAGAAUCAGCUGGGGUGUUUUAGCUGUUAUUCGUUACAUCAUACAGUUUUGUCUCUUUGUAUAAUAUAAGAUGCACAAUAUUUCUAAGCGUCAGUCCAUCACAUUAGUACCUUACACGUUUAACAGAUAUUAAGGUAGGAUAAGGGAUGUUAUUUAGUAUGGAAACCAGUGACUUUAAAUAUCAUUACAAUAAUAAAAAUUGUAUAGCUUUAUGUGA